GCCAUAGGUGUAUUCCAGACACUUUACGAUAUAUUCAGCUGACAUAUAUCUUUAACUACAACAAAAAUCUGUUAUAUCAGAAAUUUUAAGUAGUUAAACAGAUAUCCAUUAACCUAAAAGCCAAGAAGAGGAAUACUAUUUACAUAAUUAACUAGCAGCUCUUAAAAUUGUCAAAAAAGAGCUGAAGUGAGACUGAGGUUUGUGCAACCUCUUGUGGUUGUCUGGAAGAGGAACUGUGAAGCAACACGUCUCAUAAGCCAGGAUUAUCUUCUGUCAGUCUGAGCAUUAGAUCUACUUCUGUAUCAGUGUCUGAAUUACCAGAGAAAGUGGAGAAGAUGUCUUUCAUUACUGAUAUACAAUUAAUGAUGCACGGUUUUGGGGAUUGUCGUCGGCCACUGUCUGAAACUGCGGCAGUUAUAGAGUCCAUAGUUCAUCAGCAGAUGACACUCUUCUUGCAUAUGGCAACAGAUGUAGCUGAGCAAAGAGGUACAAGAAUUGUUGGUCCAGAAGACAUCCUGUUUGUGAUGCGUAAAGAUCCAAUAAAGCUACAGCGUCUUGUCCAUUAUAUGGGAGUUCGUGACUUGUAUCAGAGAACUCGUACAAGCACAUCAGGAUCAUCAACGGGUGAUAUUCAAGAUCUAAAUUUUGAAACAGGUGGGGAAGUGUCUCGUAAGAAGCUAUGUAUAAGUUUUUUGCAAACAAUUGAUCAAACCGGACAGUACGAACCCUUAUACUCGUCAUCGCUGUAUGAUCCAGUAAAAGCUGAAAGGGCCAUACGUUUGGACAACAUGACUCAGGGCAUGUCAUGCCAGAGAUACAAGGAGUAUUGCGAGGCACGGAAAGCUUCCUUUUGUCCUCGUUUGCGAGUGAACAAGUUCAGAGAAUGGCUUCUUGGAGACGAAAGCACAGAAAUUAAAUUAACUCAGCUAGUAUUGGAGAUGCUUAACCGGCUAGCUUAUGAAACUGUUGCUCAGAUAGUGGAUCUCGCUUUAUUAGUCAAGAGAGAUGGUACACUGCACAAUUCCGACCUCUCUCGCUUCCGGACACCUAUUGCUUUCAAUCCAGAUUAUCCUUGUGUGUUUAUACAUCAGAGUGGCUCACUACAAGAGAUUGGAUCUGGAGAUGAUCAUGGCAUAGGAAUGGAUCCCAUAACUCCAGCUGAGGUGCGAGAAGCUGUUAGACGUUAUUGGGCCAAUAACUCGCCUCUUGCACCUUUGUCUAAAGUUAGAGCAAUAGACUGGAAGGCCUACGAGACAAGAACGGAGGAUAUUUGGACAAGGUUUGUAAACCUCAUUCUGGAGGCAUUCACGUAGCAACACGUCAAGCAGGCCACAAGAAUGAGGGAAGGGGUUGAUUGUCAGUACUGGAUCUAAUGUUCACCAAGAAAGAAGAGAUAUUUGACACCUAGUACCUUCCUUGGUUAAGAGUGAUCAUGCCCUGUUGGAAAUUAAAUAGGCUUUGUGAUGUAAUCUGGAAGAAAAUUAGAACAUUGAAAUGGUUGAUAAGCUCUAUUUCAAGAAAGGACACUGGGUAACUUGGCAAAUUCUUUAAUGAAUACAAAUUAACAAACCUGUUGCUAGGCAAGGAAGUAUAUGGUAUGCCAAAUGUUGGAGGAAAUGUAUGUUUAUCUCUCAAAAUGUUUGGUAAUAUGUUUAUUGUUUGUGAUGUGUGUAUAUGUAUGUAUUAACACGAUGUACUGAACGGGGUGAGAAUAGCGUGAGCUACCUCAUCCCUUUGUGUGUAUUUUACCUCAAUAGACUUCAUUUCAAUUCCUCUCUCUCGCUUGCACACACACCCCAGUAUAUAUAUAUAUAAAAUGCAGCAUUAUGAAGAAUGCAAUCUUCAAGACACUGCCGAAGCAUAUCAUGGUAAACAAUACCUGUUACAGAUGCUUCUUGAAAGAAGACUGGGCCAUAAAUUGAUUUUUUUUUUUCAUUAACACAUUAAACAUGGUAAUCAAUAUACACCUUAAAAAAAUAAUUGUCCAAUUCCAUAGUAAUAGAUUUCUGGGACUAUGUAUGUAUACACACAGCUUUCAUUGUCACUUGCCAAUUAAAGGGGACCUAUAAUAAUCUUAAUAAAUUUACCAUAUGACUUGAAAUAAAAUGUGCCAAAUUAUUUUGCAAUAUUUAUCCAAUUAUAAAUCCACAAAUAUAACAUAUACAGUACAUAUAAUAAAUUCUGUUCACCUUUCAAUUGCACAAACUAAACAUACAAUAAUGCAAUGGCAUAUACAACAUUAUCUCAAUUCACCCAUUUAUCUAGAGAUGUGAAAAAAUCAGUGUCCACCAGUAAAGUUUUAAAAAAUAUACUUUAUCAAUUUGCAUUUCUCCACACUAGCCUCCAAGUAUGUAAUUAUCCACAAGCCUCCAAAUAAGCUGCAUUGAUAAAUUCAAACUUCUGUACAGGGUUUGGAUGAGAACAUGCUUCAUACUAAUGUUGUAAAAGGCAGCAAAAGAAGCUCCCUUCUCCCAAUCAAUAAAUAACCAAAAAAAUAUUGAUUUACUGUAUUUUAAAAGUACUAUGUAUACUCUGGCAGGGGCCAAGUCUGUCUCACUGUUUCUGAUGUGUCUUAAUGCUCUGAAUUUAGAUCAAGUAAAUAGGAGGAAAAUUAUUGUGAAACAAUUUUUUGACUCCCUCCUGGAAAUAGACACUACAAUAACCAAAAUAUCCACAUAUAACACCAAAUAAAAUUAGGCCUUUACAAAAUA